GGCUCGGAGUUAUUUCUGGCCAGGCGGCAGAACUGUGGUCUGUUGCUGUGGAGUCAGGCAGGCUCUCGGGCCAACGCCACUCCAGAACGAAGUAGGCCGCCAUCCUCUCGCCAUGGGCUCCCGUGAGUUCUGGGGUCGGGUCUGCACUUUCUGGGAAGAGCCACAUCAGGAGGUGUUCUAGUAUGGGCAGCAAAAGAGCUUGGCUCAGAGGUGGAGGGAAACUACAGUCAGCGCUCAGGGUGGCCGGGGUGGAGGGACCUGCGGACUCGUGGGACGCUGGCCCUAGGAGCUGGCGGGAGCAGCGUUCCCAAAGAUGCUCCCGGCUCAUCCCAGCGCUUCUCUUCCAGGGCCGCGCGGGGCGCUGAGCCUGCUGCUUCUGCUGCUAGCGCCGCCCAGCCGCCCAGCCUCUGGCUGUCCCGCGCCAUGCCGCUGCUCUGAGACGCGCGUGGACUGCGGGCGCCGCGGGCUGACCUGGGCCUCGCUGCCGGCUGCCUUCCCUCCCGACACUACAGAAUUGGUGCUGACCGACAACAACCUGACGGCGCUGCCGCCCGGGCUUCUGGAUACGCUGCCGGCGCUGCGCAGAGUGCACCUGGGCGCUAACCCAUGGCGCUGCGACUGUCGCUUAUUGCCGCUGCGCGCCUGGCUGGCCGGCCGCCCUGAGCGCGAGUUCUACCGCGACCUGCGCUGUGUCGCGCCCCCGGCGCUGCGUGGCCGCUUGCUGCCCUACGUGGCGGAGGAUGAGCUGCGGGCCGCAUGCGCGCCCGGCCUACUUUGCUGGGGAGCUCUGGUGGCGCAGCUAGCGCUGCUGGUCCUCGGGCUGCUACACGCGCUGCUGCUGGCACUCCUACUGAGUCGCCUGCGGAGGCUACGCGCGCACGCGCGCGCUCGCUCCACCCGCGAGUUCUCACUCACAGCCCCGCUGGUGGCCGAGUCGGCCGGAGGUGGUGCAUCUUAAGAAAGGACAGGUGCAGAGCAACAACGACCUGCAAAUUUUACAGGUCCCUGCUGGAGGACCCUCUGCCUUCACCUGGAUCGGCCUUGGCCUCUAUCCUUGCCCAACUUCCCAGACCCAAGCUCUGCAAGCCUGAAUCCACAUGGGGUCAAACUGCUGCCAGUACUACCAGAAUGAGGCAACCUUGAGUCUUCAGAGCCUAGAGUGCUGGAGCAGUCCAGUCUCCUGCCAGACUCCGCACUGAAUAAACCUUUCUCCUCCUCA